AUCGAGGUGUACUCCGACACAUACCGUGGGCCACCACUGCCAUUCAAGCAUGUGAUGUUACACCUUAACAAAACAACGGCCCUCUAAACGAGCAGACCAAUAUCCUUUAGAUAAACAAAAUCCGCGAGGGGGUCAAGCUAAACGUACACAGAAUGACAAGCGUACAACAUUUACAUAGCCCUCAUAUUCAUACUUUUCAUUCAGUCUGGUUAAAGUGACUCAGUUGACUUGGUUCUCGAUCAUUUUUUGGGCUGCACCUGUGUUGUAGUUCAUUUGACAAAUUAGCGAAAUGGCGACGACCAGAAAACAGUGUUCGUUUUGGACCCUAGUUCUAAUACUACUAUUAUCAACUGGUGUGUACCGUGGUCAAAGACUAAAUCCUGUUCCAAAUACUUGUACGGGUCCAGACGAAAAUGCCAUUCUUAAAAAGGAACUUAGUGUUUUACAUGAAAUUGUGAAAGACCAGGCCAUCAAAAUGGAAAUCCUCAAAGGAGAGUUAAAUUCUCUGAAAGAAAGACUUUCUAAAUGCUGCUCUACCACCGGACCGCCAGAUUCUGGACAUGAUGGCCAUUACGGUAAAGAAUUUCUUAUCACCUUUCCAAAAAGCAAAGGGCCUGUCUCAAAAGUGCAGGUAUUAAUCACAGCAAAGCAGGACGCCUUUGUGGUCUUUGAGUCACUACAUCCAGGAGUCAACAACACGUUCCAAGUCUCUGCCAACGCGGGGAAAGAGGUUUCCCUUCCGGUCUCCGUUGUCAUGGAUACGGAUGGGAUUUUCGGCAAAGCGGUGUUGAUUCGUGCCUCGCAUCCAAUCAGUGUUCACUGCGUUGUUCAAUGCGGCUGUUCCGCAGCAGAGGGAUUUCUCGUGUAUCCAAAACAGUACCUAGGAACCAAGUAUCUCUUAGCAAACAGCGAUUUUGCUAACAUCGCCAUCGCAUCUCAAUACAGAAAUACCACAAUAAAACUGACCAUCCUUUCAUCUCCAAGUUAUAUAACAUGGAAAGGUACCAACUAUACUGAAAACGAUGUCCUCAAAAUUGAGCAGAUUGCCGACUUUCGAACGAUCCAGCUCAGUGCGAAUGGCUACCUCUUUGGGUUGAUAGAAAGCACUAAUCCGAUAGCAGUCAUAUCGGGGAGCUCGAGCGACGCGUCCAUGUUUGAGGCAAACAGCGUCAUGGAAUACAUGAUCCCAGUGGAAUAUCUUAGUUUCAAAUACAUAAUUCCCAAUUUUGCCAAAUCUCAGCAAGACACUUAUCAAUUUCAAUUCCAAAACCACAAACAAAAUAACGUGACUAUUGCAGGGUUGGAUGUACUUCGAGGCGGUGUUACCGAUUUGUUUUACUAUGCGUUUGGUAACCAACUUCCGUGCAUUGCUAAGGCCAAUGAAAUCGUAAUGCCUGUUGUGUUUUCUUCAUACGAGUCCACUUUUAUGACUCUUAUACCUCAAACAGAACAGUUUUCAAACGACUAUAGAUUUCUCACGCCAUCUACGUCACUAUUUCGUCAUUAUUUCGUCAUCACUAUACGAGCAUAUCUGAUUAAUGGAAUACUCAUAGACAACAAAGCCAUACAAAAAUAUCAGAACACUAUGAAAUCCGUCAGAGACUCCGAAACAAGUGAUGAAUACAUCACGGUAACUAUUGAAGUUUUGCCUGGAUAUCAUCACAUUUACCACACAGAUUCUGACGUCACGUUCGGAUUAAUUUUAUAUGGAUAUGGAACUACUGAAAAAAUGUCCUAUGGGUAUCCAGCUGGUCUAAGAUUUCAAGCUACAGCUGCUUAAACUUUAAAUAUA